AGAGUGUCAGAGUGGACGUGAGGAUGGGACACACUUUGUUUGCUGUGUUGGGGCUUUUCUUGCUGAAUAUUCUCCUCUACUGUGGACACGCUCAAGGUGUCCCUCAGCCUGUCCUCACAGUGUCUCCAUCAUGGCCGAGUCCUGGAGACUCAGUGACUCUGACCUGCAGUGUUGAACCUCCGUCUGCAGGAUGGAGGUUCUUCUGGUAUAAAGCUGUUCCAGAUCUGUCAACCACCAUCUUCUACACCCUAAAGCUUCUACCUGGUAGCACCACGGGGACUGAACAGGGUUCCUACAUUCUUCAUGAACAGACCCACACAGCAGGAUAUGUGUGCAGAGCUGGAAGAGGAGAUCCUGUGUCUUACACUGAGAAUAGUUAUGUGAAGUUUGUCUGGUCUGGAGGUGUGAAUCCAGCAGCGUCUCUCACAGUGAGUCCUCACAGACUGCAGCACUUCAGCACAGAGUCACUGUCACUGAGCUGUGAGGGAACCUCUACUGAGUGGAGAGUGAUGAAGGCUGAUGAAGAUGGCUUCACGUCAUCCUGUUCUUUCUGGGGUAAAAUGACUGGAUCCACAUGCAACAUCAACACUAGAGCGAGUAGUGGAGUGUACUGGUGUGAGUCUGAAACACAGUUCAGCAAUGCAGCCAACAUCACUAUACACAGUGGUGAUGUCAUCCUGGUGAGUCCUGUCCGUCCUGUGACUGAGGGACAUUCGGUCACUCUUGGCUGCAAGUUGAGGACAGAAAACCUUCUUUAUGAUGUGGAUUUCUAUAAAAAUGACAAACUCGUCCCAAAUGCUGUCAGAGGGGAGUUGCUUAUCUCUGCAGUUACUAAGUCAGAUGAAGGCUUUUAUAAAUGUAGAGGAAGGAAAUCACCUCGAGGUUUGGAGACUUUGACCUCAGCAGAGAGCUGGUUGUCAGUGAAAUAUCCUGAAGAAGCAGCACCACGCUCUGUGUUUCCCGUGCUGUUGGUUGUUGGUCUGGUUUCUGGAGUUUUACUGAUUAUUCUCCUGCUGCUGUUUCUGUGUCGCUACAGAAAGUCAAAAGCUUCAAGCCCCAGCAGGUCUCAGAGGACCAAUCAGAGCCCAGCUACAAACCACAUGAUGAACCAGGGUGAAACUCAAGAUGGACAUUAUGCUUCUGCUCCUCCUGAUGAAUCCAGCCUCACGUAUUCUGUGGUUGAGCUCAAAAAUCUUAAAAAGAGAGAGAAGCACGAUGAACCAGACCAGAGGACCGUUUACUCAGAUGUGAGGAUUGCAUCAGCUGCAGAUGACAACGUGACGUAUGCCCAGGUUCACCCCCCCACUGAAAAGAAGAGCAAUGAAGGAAAAUCCAGAUGUGCAGCAGAAGAGGAAACUGUUUAUUCUGAAGUCAAACCAGGAACAUCUGAUCCAGAAUCUAUUUAAGAUCUAAGAUGUGUCCUUAAUCAGCUCCAGAGCAGACAGCUUGGUGUACUAAGGAAGCUUCUUCCCUUGUUCUAGUCUGCUUGGCUAGAUGAGGUUCUGUUUUAAAAGGAUGAUUUGAUCUUUGCAGGUUUCUUCAUUGUAUCCAGAGAGGUAGAGUUAAAAAAAAAGAACGUUGAUCUUUCUUUCCCCGAUACGUCAGCGUAACAUAGAGCCAUGAUGCUUCCCCCUGGGGACAUGAGAACCUUCAUCUUUUGGAGACAUUUCAUCAUCCGCACAAACAGUUUUAGGUUUUACCCUUACGUCCUUCUGUAAUAUCAUUUUUCCAGUAAAAGUGGAUAAAUUAAAUACAAUUUCACAUAUAAUGGGUGUCCCUUUUCUGCCUGAGAUUGUAUAUUUCUUCCUGCUAACUUACAGACGACUCGAGACAACGGAAGACAUUUAGUGAUGCAGAAAUAAUGGGUCACUUUCAAAGCGACUGUUCCAUUUAGCAACUGAUGGCUGUAAGAAAACACGCAUCAAAAGCUUUAGGACUAACCAACA